AUGGGGGUAGCCUUCCCGCGGGCGCCGCCGGCGGCGCAGCCGGGCGAACUUGGCGACAGCGGCACGAAGACCACCACUGGCAGCAGCGAGCUCGGCGGCGGCGACGCCGUCGGAGGGGAUUUUGUCUACAACAUCGUGCUGGACGCGGGCAGCACGGGCAGCCGCAUCCACGUCUUCAAGUUCGAAAAGGCGGGCGGCGAGCUGAAGCUGAUAAGCGACACGUUUGAACAGCUGAAGCCGGGGCUGAGCUCCUUCAGGGACGAGCCCCAGAAGGCGGCCGAGAGCCUGCGGCCGCUGCUGGAGGUUGCGCUGGGGGCGGUGCCCAAGGGGCAGCAGGCGCGGACGGGCGUGAGCCUCAGGGCGACAGCGGGGCUGCGGCUGCUGCCGGGCGGCAAGGCGGACGACAUCCUUCGGGCAGUGACGGCCUUCCUCCAGCAGUACCCCUUCAAGCUGGGCGAGGGCGCCGUCGGUAUUAUGGAUGGCGCCCAUGAAGGGGCUUACGCGUGGCUGACCCUGAACUAUCUUCUGGGCAAGCUGGGCGGCGGCCACGCGGCGACCGUGGCCGCGAUCGACCUCGGCGGCGGCUCGGUGCAGGAGGCGUUUGCGUUGCCGGACGACGCCGCCAGCGCGGCGCCGAAGGGGUACGUGACAAAGCUGCGGGCGGGCGGCAGCACUUACAGUGUUUACGUGCACAG